AGCAUCGCCGUUUUGAUUCGUCCUUACUAUUUUCUAUGUGGAGCAGAAAUAUUUUAUUUAUUAAAUUUAUUUCUACUAUUAUUCCUUACAAAUUACUGAAACUGAGGAUGUUUUAACAAAGUGCGCCAUUAAGAAUAAGUUCACAAUUGAAUGAGUGUCAAAUACUCACAUAAAAGUUUGUGUGUCUGUAAAGGACUUAAUUGAGCGCCAUGAACGUCAUCAUUUUGGUUUUGUGCAUCGUGAUUUGGUUUUGGAACGCAAUUGUUCCCUGCCGCUGCAUUUUGUCGGAAAUACCGAAUUGUGCCUUUGAAGAUACCGUUAACCUGACCUCCAGCAAAAAAUUUAGUAACGGCUCCUACCUCUAUGAGGGCGUAUUGGUGCCUCCUGCAUUGACCGGCCACUACGAUUAUGUUGAGCUGUACGAAGGAGAACGCCAGCAGGUGACGAAACAUAUUCGGGGUUGUGUGUGUCACCUCAAGCAAUGCGUCAAAUUUUGCUGCCAUCCAAUGGCGGAAUUGUAUCGCAUUGAAAAUACCACUUCAAUAGAUUGCGAUAGCGCGCCAAGUAAAGACUUCAAUUACUUGCCAUAUGUAAAUAUUACUAUGCCGGACAGCAGCCAAGUCUUGACGAAUGUGCUGGAUGAAUUUUUGCUGCAGCAAGGGCUUCCAUGCAAUCAAGGGUAUAUGCUUGUGCCUCACGUAAACGAAAAGCAUAAAUGGAAAUUGUUUAAGAAUGGUACGCUGUUGCGUACGUUGUAUCAGACGUUCCUUUCGAGACGGGAUUAUUGCCUUUUUGCCUAUGAGGUAAAUGGUCGAUAUGAACUGCAUCCACUGAACUGUUUCACUGAUCGCAAGGAGCCCCCAACACUCAUGACAAACACUAUCGUAAUGCUGAUUUCUGCCCCCUUCUUGUUUGCAACAAUUUUGGUUUACUGGUGUUUGCCGGAGCUGCGCAACACCCACAGCAAGUGCUUCAUGUGCUACCUAUUCUCUUUGGCCAUCGGCACGACAAUGAUAGUUGCGGUGAAUCUGCGAACGUCAGAUUAUGAAAAUGUUACCUGCGAGAUCAUAGGUUAUGUCGCCUAUUUCUUCUUCAUUGCCGCUUUCUUCUGGCUCAACGUCAUUUGCUACGAUAUUUGGCGCAAGACUUCUAACGUUCAGAAUUUGAUGUCACAAAAAAUGUCUUACUUGUACUUACUCUACGGGUGGGGAGUGCCAUCCCUUAUGACUACCGCGACCAUUGCGUUGCAGCGCUCCAAUUUACCAGAUGAACUGAAGUCGGGCAUAGGAGAAUCACAUUGCUGGUUGAAAGAUGAUGACUGGUCUGCCAUGAUUUACUUCUAUGGACCUGGUUUAUUGCUAAUUAUUUUCAAUAUUGUCAUAUUCUACCUGACUGUUAGGAAGAUCUACAGCGUACGGAAGGAUCUGCAGGAGCUUACAUCUGGCGGAGAGAGCGCCCAAAAUCUACGUUCGCAAAAAAAUAGUGCGUGGCUAUUCUUUCGUUUGUCCAUCAUUAUGGGUGUCAGCUGGAUAUUGGAAAUCAUCGGCUAUCUUGUGGGAAACAGAACCAAUAUUAUUUUGGCAAUGGCAGAUAUUUUCAACGCAUCGCAAGGACUAAUUAUAUUUUUACUGUUUGUUGUGAAGAAGAAUGUAAUCGUUCUAAUAAAAACUAGAAUACUUUGCUACUUGCAUAAAAAAAUCCAAUGGCUGAAGAUGAAGUUCGAUAAACCGGAUAACUCAAUGGAAUAAUAAAAUAGUUAGAUAUUUACAUUUAAAUUUAAGUAAGUAAUUUUUUAUAGAAUAAAAAUGUAGCCAGUUACUUAAAGUGUCAUUCGAUCGCAAGCUAUUUUCCCGCUUUGAAUAUUUCUUCUCGUAACUUUCGUUUAUUUACUAUUAAAUUCUUAAAGAUCGAAUUGAAUAUUUCAACUACCACUUUGUGAAAAACAUUCCAAAACAACUACUUUAACUUUGGACAGUACUCCUUCAUCUAUGUAUAUGCGCAAGAAUAGCGUUUUAGAGUGAAUUACUAUUAAGUUAGCUCAAGUAACAAAAAAUAAAAAAGA